AUGGACUGGUCCGAGUCAAAGGACAAAAAGUCUGUCCCGAAGUUUGGUAGCUUCAAGCUACCUGUAGAUGCCCCUGAGGCUGCUCGAGAUAGUGAAACCUCAGGUGUCAGUAGCUCGAAGCACCGCUCUCAUCGCCAUCGGUCCCGGUCUCCUCAUGAGCAGCGAAAAAGCUGGCGUCAGCAUGAUUCCGUUGAAAGCCCUCGCUCCCAGUCAUCCGAACGCCGCCAUCGCUUUUCCCAUCGGGAUGGUAGAGCAACCCGUGAUCUCGGUGUGAAACCGAGGCGCGUAUUGCCCAGCAAACCCAUAUUCAAUGAAGAACGGACUACAUUUGACACCAGCAAUCCUCGACCUUUCAGCCCCGAUAAUUCACCUUCAUCACUAAGCGACAAUAUCAUUUAUGACUCCAAGGGUGACCGUUCAGUGCUCAAAUACGGCACUGCUCAUCGCUAUGACAUUCCCUCCUACACAAGGGUCGGCUCCGGCCAGGUCAUGGGUCUGCCCGCAUAUUUGAUUAUCGAACGGGACAUACAGGACAAAGACAUCAUUGUGCUUCGUGACAAACGCCACAGGUACGAAGAUAAGAAAGCCCCAGGAACUUUUUCACAACACUUGAAGCGUGUCUCAGACAUAUAUCGCUUUCGAGAUGAACCCGUGUUCGCCUCAGAUGAGAGCUUGAGUCACGAUUUCCUGAGCCUUGGUCCUUGGGUAAAUACAGAUUAUGAGAAAGGUGAAGUGUCGAAGAAUGACAACAGCGAAUCUCUUUCCGACGAUGAUCGCCAGGCGUAUCGGUCUAUUCUUGGCAAGGCCAAAUAUGAGAAGAAAGUACCGGAGGGGAUGGAAUACGUCAGUACUCAGGACAGCCAGCCCGGAAACCUUCAUGUAGCCGUCGAUGCGCGGCGUCGAUCUCAGCACGCAGAAUUGCGGCGCGUUGUCGAUUCGCAUCCGACAGACAUUGCGGCAUGGCUCAAUCUUGUCAGGCUGCAGACAAUUCUCCAUGGCCCCGAAGACGAAUCGCGCUCAUUGACGCCCGCCGAAGAAAAAGCUGUCGCUGAUGUGAAACUUGGCUUGCUUGAAGAGGCGCUAAAAAGGUCGGGUCGUGCUGUGGGAAGAGACUUGUUGUUGAUGGAACGUUUGAAAGAAGGUGGCAAGCUUUGGGAUCGCAAGAAACUCUUGCAAGAAUGGAAAGAUACUGUACGAAAGCUUCCCAACUCUACUGAUCUCUUACUGGGCUACCUCAACUUUCGCCAACGUGAUUCCAGCGAGUUUUCAUUGGACGAACACAAGUUUUUGGUCAUCAGCUUCAUGAAGCAGGCGGCUUCAGAGUUAGACUCGUUCCAUCAGAACCAAGUCCAAUGCUAUCUUCUCUUGCGCCUGUCUCUUUUACUUAUUGAAGCUGGCUAUUCAGAGCUUGCCUCUGGACUGUGGCAGGCAGCCCUUGAGUUCGUCUUUUUUGCACCCCCGACACUCGACAAGGCGGCACAAGGCACAGCGCUGGAUGCCUUUUGUCACUUCUGGGAUUCGGAAGUUGCGCGUCUGGGUGAAGGCAAAGAAUCUUGUUGGGAGACGGGAAAGCAAAUUCGUCUCGAUCCAGUCUGCGUGGAAUUUGACACAGGCACGGAAAGCUCCUCUCUUUUCGAAUCUUGGGUCAAAACCGAGCGCAAAGUCGCCCACGCUUUAAAUAUGCCUGCUCGAAGUGUGGAUGACUUCGGGGUCACAGUCGACACCACAUUUUCCGUUGUCUUAUCUUCUGACAUACGUGAAGUUUUGCCCUUCGUAUCCCGUGUUGAUGAUCCGACCUUGCUCAUCAAUGCCUUCUUGUGUUUUUGUCGCCUGCCUCACCUUACAGUCACCGGUAACUACCGUACAACCCGAUCAUGGUGUGGUGACAGUUUCCUAUCAAAUACGCUGGAAGAUUUUGUUGAGGCCGACUUCCUCAACUGGGCGAUGGACUUGGCCAACGGGGCGGCUCAUCAUCGUUCGCCGCUGUUGUUCCCAAUCAUCGACUUUAUCCACACGCCCGACACCCUUUUCGCUCCGCCAAAUUGGUUCUACUCCAUGCGACCUUGGAUCAACGCCAGGGAUGACACAUUUCGCUUGAGGCAGGGCUGGGUGCGCCAAACUUUGCGCAAGUUAGUGGAGAAGUUUGAUCAAAACUGCGACUUAGCCGAAUAUGCGCUUGCACUUGAGUUUGUUUGCGACAAGGAAACAGCUAAUAAGUAUGCAAAGCGUCUGUUACGAAGUCGCCCUUCGAGUCUUCGUCUCUACAAUGCGUUUGCUCUGAUGCAAUGGCGAUCGGGCUCACAGGACCGCGCCCUUGUCACAUGGUCGUCGGCUAUCAAGGAACGCAAGUCUUUUGCGGAUGUGGAGCAGUUCGAUUGCGUGCUUCUGUGGAAUGCAUGGAUAUGGGAGCUACUUGACCAAGGCGAUCUGGCAAGGCCGUCCUAUUUGCUCAAUGCCAUGGCUCAAGAUGAAAUUGAUAUGGCAGUGUACAGCGCAACCACCGACUUCGUUGAGUACAAGGCGUUGGAAAAGCUGAAACAAGAAAGGUUCUGUCAUCAAUUUUGUCAAGACGCCUUGGCGCAACGGCACACAAGAGCAUUCGUAGCCUCUGCCGACUGUCUGGCCCUGAGUCGAUACCUAUCGGAGAAGUCUUUGGAGCCGGCACUUGCAGUCUACAAGUGGGCUAUGUUGCAGGCUAGCAAUAACGCUCGAUUAGGCGAGUCAGAUUUCAAGGCGUUCACUCUCGAACUGUUGCACCAGUCCCGGGCCAAACUCGUGUUCUUCCAUACGAAUCGGAAAGGGUGUCACAUGAACGUGCAUCAAUUGCAAUCGAUAUUGAAGGAGAGCGUGGUCGCCUUUCCGCAUAACACCAUCUUCCUGUCAUUAUUUGUGUGGAACGAAUCUCGUCUCCCGAUCACCCAUCGAGUCCCCGACCCGAUAGGAUUUGUGAAAGCUGGCUCUGAGGAGCGCCACCUUCGCGAAGCUCUCUCCGAUUCGCCACCCGCCAUCCUGCAGAGGACAAAUGUGACUCUUCACUUGCUAUCGGUUUACUCAGCACUGUGGCGCUUCAAAUCUCUGAAUGGCUCCGUCCACGCUGUCCGGGCAGCGUUUGAAAAAGCUUUAUGGGAUCACACGAGCCCGAUACACUACCGUCAAGGCCAUCGAGAUUUAUCCGGCUUGGCUGAUGAAAACGAUGGACGUGCAAAUAUCACCUUAUGGAAGCUUUACCUCUUAUUCGAGCUUGAGGGUCCAAAGGACACCAAGGCCGCCAAGGACGUGCUCUACCGGGCCAUUCGCGCUUGUCCCUGGUCCAAAGAACUGGUACUGCUUGGUAUGGAGCGCCUCGGGAAUACUUCUGUAUCCAACGCGGACAGUCUGCACUUCAAUGAUAUGCGCGAGCUGUAUAACCUUUUGGUUGAAAAGCAGCUGCGCAUCAGGAAUGAUAUUUCUGCGGAUUUGGCCGAAUGGGAUGAUCAGAGUGCAAGGGCCAAGCGUGAGGCCAACGCAUGGUUCGAUGCGGUGGUGGAAGAGUUGGGUGGUAUUGAAGCUGGGGCGAAAUAG